AUGCGUCCAGACGGUCCUCGGGAUCCCGUUACCGGGCUAGACAGUGGCCCAGAGCCUCCGUUUCCGAUCAAGUUAUCCGGGCCGGUGAUCAAAGGGUUUGGGCGGGGAAGCAAAGAGCUGGGAAUCCCCACGGCCAAUAUUCCCCCAGAUGGCUUAUCAGACUAUCCCGAUCUUCAAGUCGGGGUGUACUACGGAGUAGUCGCAUUGGAUCCGUCCAGAUUCACAUCGGAGGCGACGAUUCUUCCAGCUGUGCUGAGUAUCGGAUACAAUCCCUUCUACAAGAACACCACUCGAUCCGUGGAAAUCCAUAUCAUGCCUCCUCUUUCAUCGCCAUCACCGACAGCGAACGGUGAGGCAGGUCAAGUCAAAUUCAACAAAUUGCCCGACUUCUACGGCACCAAGCUUAACCUUUUGAUUCUGGGGUAUAUCCGCCCAGAAUACGACUACGUGUCGCUGGAAGCCUUGGUUGAAGAUAUUCGGAUUGACUGUGAGGUUGCGCGCCAGAGUCUCCUGCGAAAGGCAUAUGUCGGCUACCUUACUGGUCAGGAUUGUUCAGAAGCGGUGCAGGAGCAACGAAAAUGGUUGGCUAGUUUUUAG